CCUCGACAGUGUCUAACCGGCACGGUCAAUCAGACUCACUCAACCAGGACAGCUGAUUCAUCUACGACUAAAAAUCAUCGAGAAUAAUCAAUCAAUCAACUAAAACCUAUGGGAUUCGCACAUCAUUAACUUAUAAACAAACCAAUCACAGAAUCAAAUAAACACUUUUAGGCUAUGUGUAUAGGUUAGCAUUUUUUUAGGUUAUGUGUUUGUAUUAAGUUUCGUUUUUUCUUCGUGAACCAUUAAAAUGGAUAAAAGUAAUGAACGUAAGGUGAAUUUACAAAAAUUAACGCUUAUAGAACUGAAGGAAAUAUUGGAGAGAGAGAAUGGACUCGCAAAAAACAAGUCUUUGUUGAGGAAACUGCCAGACAAAGGCGAGUCCAUAAUAAAGUUUCGUGACAAGGUUGAAGCGGAAAUUAAACAUAGGGAGAGUGUUGAGGCACUUGAAGCUUCAUUUGCCACACUGUCAGUUAAUGUUGACCUACCUGUUGAUAAGCACACUGAGAAAAUAUUUGUGAUGGAAAAACCCGAAAAGAAAAGGUUUAUACCCGGGUUGACGCUUCAAAAGGAAUAUCAUCCGAAAGCUGGACAUGAUUCGUCAAAGUUCAUAGAAGAUGCCAAGUAUUUUAACAAGCAGACACAACGUUUGUCACUUCCAGAAUCAGUUGGUAUUUUGAAAAAACAAGAUGAAAGGACUAAGGAGGAACAAAUUCGAAAUAAAACUGCAAAAGAGAUGGAGCAAUUAGAGGAGUUAGGAAAAGAUGAUGAAAGUGCAUCCAAUAGUUCCAAUGAAUCUGAUAGUGACAGUACUCCAGAUGACGACAAACCAUAACGUUUGAUUUUGAUUGUUUAAUUAAUUUAUAAACCAUUUUAUCUGUGAUAAUUCUAACUUAUUUUCAUUUCAUCAUAUGUAUAAAUGAAACAUUAAAGGUUUUUUAAAAAAUAUCGUUGUAUUU